CAGCCACAGUCUCCCAGGGCCUGGGAGCCACUUCUGCUGGCCUGGGAUGGAGAGCUGGCCAGCCGCUAGUGGCUUCUGGGGCUAAGGGUGGGGGCCCUGGAGGCCCCAGUUUCGCCCUGGCAUGCCUUAAACCCUGCCACCACCCUCUGUGCCUCUGCCCCCCAGGCCAUGUGAACCAUCCCAGGCUUGGCCUGGGACACAUGGUGCCCCUCAUGCAGUCCAGCCCAGAUUAGCCCUGCAGGAGCCUGGAAGAGACAGAAUGUGCCAUUUACUGUUUCCGUCUUCCUGGAAGGAUGGGGGAUGAGCAAAGAGCUCCUACCCCAUCUGGGAGGACUUCAACUCCAAGGCCACAAAGCUGCAUUCCCAGCUGAGGACCACUGUGCUGGCUGCUGUGGCCUUCUUGGAUGCCUUCCAGAAAGUGGCUGACAUGGCCACCAACACCCGAGGGGCCACGCGGGACAUCGGCUCCGCGCUCACGCGCAUGUGCAUGCGCCACCGCAGCAUCGAGACCAAGCUACGUCAGUUCACCAACGCGCUGCUGGAGAGCCUCAUCAACCCGUUGCAGGAGCGCAUCGAGGACUGGAAGAAGUCAGCCAACCAGCUGGACAAGGAUCACGCGAAAGAGUACAAGCGCGCCCGGCAUGAGAUCAAGAAGAAGUCUUCGGACACGCUGAAGCUGCAGAAGAAGGCUCGGAAAGAGCUACUUGGGAAAGGAGACCUGCAGCCCCAGCUGGACAGCGCCCUGCAGGACGUCAAUGACAUGUACCUGCUGCUGGAGGAGACAGAGAAGCAGGCGGUGCGCCGGGCCCUGAUCGAGGAGCGCGGCCGCUUCUGCACCUUCAUCACCUUCCUGCAGCCUGUCGUGAACGGCGAGCUGACCAUGCUGGGGGAGAUCACCCACCUGCAGGGCAUCAUCGACGAUCUGGUGGUGCUGACUGCGGAGCCCCAUAAGCUGCCUGCCGCCAGCGAGCAGGUCAUCAAAGACCUGAAGGGCUCAGACUACAGCUGGUCCUACCAGACCCCACCCUCUUCACCCAGCAGCUCCAGCUCCCGGAAGUCCAGCAUGUGCAGCGCCCCCAGCAGCAGUAGCAGUGCCAAGGGUGGAGGAGCCCCAUGGCCUGGGGGUGCCCAAACAUACUCACCCAGUUCCACCUGUCGCUACCGCAGCCUGGCGCAGCCAGCCACCGCCACCGCCCGCCUCUCCAGCGUCUCCUCCCACGACUCUGGCUUCAUCUCCCAGGACGCCACCUACUCCAAGCCUCCCUCACCCAUGCCUUCAGACAUCACCAGCCAGAAGUCCUCCAGCUCUGCGUCCUCCGAGGCCUCGGAAACCUGCCAGUCUGUUAGCGAGUGCAGCUCCCCCACAUCGGACUGGACCAAGGCCGGCCCCCACGAGCAGCCCUCAGGCACCACCCUGCAGCGGAGGAAGGACCGAGUGGAGCUCCUCCGAGACACAGAGCCAGGCCCAGCCAGUGGGAGCACCCUGGGCCCCAGUGGAGAGGAGGCCCCUCGGCCCCGCAUGUCCCCUGCUUCGAUCGCAGCCAAGCACGGUGAGGAGGUGUCCCCUGCAGCCAGUGACCUGGCCAUGGUGCUGACCCGCGGCCUGAGCCUUGAGCACCAGAAGAGCAGCCGGGACUCGCUGCAGUGCUCCAGCGGCUACAGCACGCAGACCACCACGCCCUCGUGCUCCGAGGACACCAUCCCCUCCCAAGGCUCUGACUACGACUGCUACUCGGUGAACGGGGAUGCGGACGGCGAGGGCCCGCCUGAGUUCGACAAGUCGUCCACCAUCCCUCGUAACAGCAACAUUGCCCAGAACUACCGCCGCCUGAUCCAGACCAAGCGCCCAGCCUCCACCGCGGGGCUGCCCACUGCAGGGCUGCCCACAGCCUCGGGCUUGCCAUCAGGCGCACCCCCUGGCGUGGCCACCAUCCGCCGCACGCCCUCCACCAAGCCCACCGUGCGCCGUGCCCUCUCCAGCGCUGGCCCCAUCCCCAUCCGGCCACCCAUCGUCCCUGUGAAGACGCCCACGGUGCCCGACUCCCCCAGCUACACAGGGCCCACGCGGGCUGGCAGCGAGGAGUGUGUCUUCUACGCCGACGAGGCCGCCUCGCCCCUGGCACCAGACCUGGCCAAGGCCUCCCCGAAGAGGCUAAGCCUGCCCAACACGGCCUGGGGCAGCCCGUCCCCAGAGGCCGCCAACUACCCCGGGCUGGCACCUGAGGAUGACGCCGAGCAACAGCAGCUGGCGGCCAACCGGCACAGCCUGGUGGAGAAGCUGGGGGAGCUGGUGGCAGGUGCCCAUGCCUUGGGCGAGGGCCAGUUCCCUUUCCCCACUGCCCUGCCAGCCACCCCAGCAGAGGAGACGCCCACCCCGCCCCCUGCCGCCACUGGCGACCCCCCUGCCGAGGACAUGCUGGUAGCCAUUCGGCGUGGGGUGCGGCUCCGCAGGACCAUCACCAAUGACAGGUCGGCACCCCGCAUCUUGUGAUGGCGCCACCCUCCACCCUCUGGCCCAAGGCAGGUGGCCUGGCCGGUGAGCAGCAGCCGCUUAGAGAAAAGGCACCGUGAAGAGAGCAGAGCCAGGCAAGCUUUUUUUUUUUAAGUCAUCACACAAGGCAAAGCCACUUUAUGGAAAGAGACAUCAGCUUGGAUCUCCGCGUUUAAACAGGAAGUGACUUCUGUCACCAACCUUGCUGGGAAGGAGCCCGCCGGCCUCGUACCGGAGUUGGAGCGCGUUUCAUACUUUUCUUGCCUCCUCUGUCCCUCCUGUCCUCCUGGCAGGCCCUGCUUUUCCCACAUCGGUGAGGCCCAGAGCUGCGCCGCCCUGCCCCGGGCCG